AUGACAAUAAGAGGGAAUUCUUUUUCUUUUCAAUACCCACAACUCACUAAUACCAAUUAUGAGAAUUGCUCAAAUAUAAUGAAAGCUCUUCUUGGUUCACAAGGUGUGUGGGAUAUUGUUGAAAAUGGUUUUGAGCCGGCCGAAGAUGAGGUGGCAUUAAAUCAAGUUCAAAGACACACUUUGAAGAAAGAGAGAAAGAAAGAUCAAAGUGCUCUUACAAUCAUUCAUCAUGGUUUGGAUGAUAAUAUAUUCAAAAAGGCGGCAAUUAAUACUACUUCGAUGCAGGCUUGGGAAACUCUUAAAAACUCUGUCAUACUUGGAGAAAGAAUAGAAGAUGUUCGUGUAGUUGAGAAUCAUGUUGUGGUUUCCAUUGAAGAAUCAAAAAAUACGGAGACCGUGACAAUUGAUCAAUUGUGUGGAUCUUUGUGUGCCCGUGAAGAAAGAAUGAAUUGUGGAAAACAAGAACAUUUUAGUCAUACCUUGAUAACAAAAUUCUUUAGCAAAUCAAGAGGUGAUUCUUCUACUAGAGGUGGUCGUGGACUACUCCGUGAAAGAGGUCGUGGUCGUGGAUAUGGACGUGGUCAAGGAAGAGGUGAACACAACUCUUUCAAUGAAAAUAAAAAUCAAAAUUUUCAUAGAGGCCGUGGCAGAGGAAGAAGCAAUUUUGGGGUGUACGAGAGGAAAAAAUGA